ACUUUUCAGAAAUUGCAGAAACCUAAAGAAGCUAAGCCGUCUUUGAGUUUUACAAACCCUAGAGAGAGAAAACCUAAAUCCAGUUUUUGGUUCCGAUUUCGGGAAUGCAGAGAGAUGAGAGGCAAAUCCCUUUUUUCUAGUUUGAUUUUAGGAGGCUUUAAGCCCCAAAUUUCACUCGCUGGAGGAGGCCGGAAUUGCCAUCGGAAUUGUCACCGGAAACACGUUGAAGACGGGUGAACUCACUCACCCAACACCCUUUUCCACCUCAGUUAUAAACCCAUUUGUUUUUUCUUAACAAAAACUAUAUACCCUUUUUGAAUUUCGUUCGUCGGCGGCCGGAGUUUCCACCGGAAACACGUCGGAGACGAGUGAACUCACCCCCCACCCCCCUUUCACUUCCAUUUAAACCCAUCAAAAUUUUUUUUCAAAAAUCGAACACCCUUUUCGAUCUUGCUUCAGAAAAGUUCCCCGAACCAGUGUUUUAUAAUGGGGCCAGAAGAAAAAUGUGCUGUUUUGUAUGGUAAAUAUGAGCUCGGACGAGUUUUGGGUCAAGGUUCUUUUGCUAAAGUUUACCAUGCUCGUAACGUGGUAACAGGGGAGAAUAUAGCAAUGAAAGUUGUUGGAAAAGAGAAGGUGAUAAAAGUAGGAAUGAUGGAGCAAAUCAAACGAGAAAUCUCCGUCAUGAAAAUGGUGAAACAUCCAAACAUUGUCGAGCUUCAUGAAGUUAUGGCAAGCAAAACGAAGAUUUACUUCGCCAUGGAGUACGUUAAAGGUGGCGAAUUGUUCGAAAAAGUAGCUAAAGGUAAGCUUAGAGAAGACAAUGCUCGAGGCUAUUUCCAGCAGUUGAUUUCUGCAAUUGAUUUUUGUCAUAGCCGUGGUGUUUAUCACAGGGAUUUAAAGCCUGAGAAUUUGUUGUUAGAUGAAGAAGGUAAUCUUAAGGUAACCGAUUUCGGGCUUAGUGCUUUUACUGAUCAUUUAAGACAAGAUGGUUUAUUGCAUACAACUUGUGGUACUCCUGCUUAUGUUGCCCCUGAAGUACUUGGUAAUCAUGGAUAUGAUGGUGCAACAUCAGAUAUUUGGUCAUGUGGAGUAAUUCUUUAUGUGCUUUUAGCUGGUUUUUUACCAUUUCAAGAUGAUAAUAUUAUGGCUAUGUAUAAGAAAAUUCACAAGGGUGAUUUUAAGUGUCCACCUUGGAUGUCAUCUGAUGCAAAAAAGUUGAUAGUAAAGAUGUUGGAUCCGAAUCCGAGAACUCGGAUUACUGCUUCAAAGAUUAUGGAGUCUAAUUGGUUCAAGAAGACUGUGCCAAGGACUAUGAGGAGUAAGGAGGAGGAAGAGUUUGCUCAUGUGGGAGAUGAAGAUUGGGUAGGAAAGGUGAAAAAGAUUGAGUCUUUGAAUGCUUUUCAUAUCAUUUCUUUGUCGGAGGGGUUUGAUUUGUCUCCGUUGUUUGAGGAAAAGAAGAAGAAGGAGAAGGAACAGUUGAGAUUUGCAACAACAAAGCCAGCUAGCAGUGUGAUUUCGAAGCUCGAGGAAGUGGCUAAAACGUCGAAAUUCAGCUUAAAGAGGAGUGAUUCUAGUGUUAGAUUGCAGGGGAAAGAGAGUGGGAGGAAAGGGAAGUUGGGAAUUUCUGCUGAUAUAUUUGCUGUGACACCUUCAUUUCUGGUUGUGGAGGUGAGGAAAGCUUGUGGUGACACAUUGGAAUAUAAUCAGUUCUGCAGCAAAGAGCUUAGGCCAGCACUCAAGGACAUUGUUUGGAAAUCAGCACCUGAGAAUCCAACAAUUGCUUGAGUUAAUAAAAGCUACUAUUAGAUUCAUGUGUUAGAGAACUUGAAUUUGUUUAGUUUUGUUCUUUUUGUUAUUGCUUAGAUGUGUUCUUGAAAUUGAGACUUAAUCUCUGAAGUAUGUCUCUUGAAUUCAUGUGUUCGAGAGAUGGAAUUUGUUUAAUUUUUGUUCUUGUUCUUGUUGUUUAGAUGUGUUCUUGAAAUUGAGACGGAGUCUCUUGAAUUCGUGGUUGAGUGAUUGAAUCGUUUAGUUUUGUUCUUGUUCUUGUUGUUAAAUGUAUUCUUGAAAUUGAGACUGAAUCUCUUGAAUUCGUGUUUGAGUGAUUGAA